GUGAAGCUCAACCCACAGAUCUGGGAGAGAGUUCAAUCGAAACUUGAGAUGCACCUGAUCGACAAAUACUGCAAACCGUUUUAUGUCAAUAGUACACACGCCUCCAUUAGGACACCACUUUACGACUGCGGUACCAACUUAGAGGUUACUAAAGAUCACAUGAUCUUCAGUAACUCAUUUAUGAUGAGCGAGGAGCCUGAGGUUGGUCAGCUGGUUUCUUUUAUCCCGGAUGUAGAGGUCAAGUUUCGUUGCACUUAUGGCAGAAAGAACAAUAAACGAAGAAUUGGUAAAGUGGCGCCUUUGAAAUUGAAAAAUAUAUUGCUGCACUUGAUCUUGAAGUAAAGACAACUUUAAUAAAUUAUAAGGCUAGUCAGGCAAGUUUAGCAGAAAAAAAAUAUGCUUAACAUUUCCUGGUACCAACUUCUUGCAGGGAGGUUGCCGCUUAUGAGCCCUGGGCUUAUGCAUCUUCGUAAGGGGUUCAAGGAGGGCUUAUGACAGAAGGGGCUUAUACCCGAGAGGGUUUAUAACUGGACUGGAAAAAGCGCUCCGAAACAAGCUGUAGCAGUGCUGAUCAACCAAACGUUUUGCAUUUACUGGUAUAUAACCAAGCUUCAAAACAUCAUAAUUAUUCGCAUUCAAGGAAAGAAAGAAUAGGGGGGGGGGGGCUUAUCAGUGGCGGAUCCAAACCUUCAGAUAGGGAGUGGGGAGCGGUCAUCCAGACCCUGGGAUAAGAUGGGAACCCGGUCUCAAUUUCUUUUUUUUGGCCCCUCAGGCCUCAAUUUUGUCUAAAAAUAAGGGGGAGACCGAGCCCCGGGGCCCCUUCCCUGGAUCCGCCACUGCUUACAAUCGGAUGUAUUUUUUUGUUUACUGGUAGAUGGACCUAUAACUGCAGAGGGGGCUUAAAAGUGGAGGGGGGUUAUAAGAGACAGUUUACGGUACACGAUAAAUAAAUAAACGAAAAUCUGCUCACCAACUAAUGCAACAUACUGUCUGUUUUUAGCUCCUUUACAGCUGGAUACACUGCAUUCAAGCCCUUCGAAAGUAUCAACUCUUCGUGGGUUACCUGUUGUGUUGAAGUGUGUAUUCAAAUAUGGUAGCCCUCCGGUGCGAGUAGUGAUUUUACGUGAUGGAAAAAUAGUUGCAAAUCAACAAAAUGGCACUAAAACUGCCAAAAUCACUGUUGGGAGAAGAAAAAGGGAAUUCGGCUUGUACACAUGCCGGGCUGAAGAUACGAAAAAGGUGAAAAUAACACAUGACAUGGAAUUAACAAAACUUGGUGAGUGAGCGCAAUUUAUGAGAGUUGAAUGGCCUCGAUCUCUUCCUUUCUCUUAUAUAUAUAUAGCUGUAGGCCUCUUUGUUCGAGAACGGACUGAGGUCAUUAUGCUGAUCGUUGUGUCUUAUAUAGAAAAAGUUGUGACUGACAGUUCUGAAGGUUAAUGCCCGCGUUCAUAUGUAAACCGGAUAAAGAUCGCAGGCAUCUUCUUCAGAUAAAGACUGCAAAUCCUCAAAUGGCGUCGCUUCUUCUCGCAUUUGCUGGAUUUAUCGUUGUCUAGUUACUGAAAGUAUACAAAUUUCUCUUCAUUCUGAAAUAGAUCCUUCAAACGUAUCGUCUGAUGGGAAACAGGUUACGUGCUCACGUGAUGAAAUGUAUCUAAAGCUUGACCACUUGAUGUUUCCGUGGUUACGACCACCGUACUUUGACAUUUAUCUCCUUGACAAGAAUUGCCGACCGUAUCACGUGAAUUUCACGCAUAUGAUUGUCAAAACAGGAUAUGGGGAUUGUAAAACUAAGGCAGAUAUUCGAAAUCAUGACGUCAUCUAUAGUAACGCCUUGAUAGCACUUGCAAGGCCCAUACCCGGAACUAUUAUCACUAGAUUCCCGGAUGUAUUAAUUCCUUUUGAGUGUCGGCUCAAUCUUACAAACAGUGAUUCAGGUCCACUGAAAAAAGAAGAGAAGGUCCUUGCAGGUGAUGAAACAUCCAUAUUUAAAAUUUAAAUAUUUUUUUACUGGUGCUUCAUAACAAUAGGGUAAUGUAAGCGGAACAGGACUUAGCGCCUUCUGCAAAUGGUCAACUUAGUUUACCCCACACUGGCUCUUGGCUGAUUAGAUCGAGAGUGCCAUAUUUUCUCGAGUAAGAUUUGGCCAAAAAUGAGGGGGGUUAUACGAGAAAUUAAUGUCCUCCUUCAAAUGAAGAAGUAAGACAAAACUUGAAUAAAACUAAGAACAAAAUAGAAAUAAAAGAAGAUGCCUUAACGUGGAGGACUCUGGUUUCCUAUGGUAAUGGUGGUGUUGUCGAAGUUAGUCAGGGAAGUGAAGUAAGGAGGGUGGCUUUCCUUGUGAUAUUCUCACGCAAAAAAGGGGAGGCAGAGGACGCAAUCUGACGCUUUGUCACCUCAGUCUCGGCUGAGUUGUGAAGUAGCCAGUGCCUUGGUACUGGCAGCAAUGUCUUGGUUGAAAUAGUUUUCAACGGGUUAGUCACAGAAAUUCUGACUGCAUCAAAUCAAAUGAUGUAGAGUCAGUCCUCUAACGAUCUUUUCACUAUCUAUUCUAGAGCCUCUCACAGCAGAUAAGUCAAAAAGCAGUCCAUUCAUCGUGAAAACAUACAAAGGUUUUACAGUCAGGUUAAUGUGCACGUUUAAAGGUGGCGUCGCUCCUCUCAGGAUUAAACUGACCAGGGGAAAAAAACUGGCCUCGAGUGUCGAAGUAAAAGAAAGGACUUUGUACUUUACAGUUAAGACUGGCCUUACAGCAAGGUUCCGAUCUUAUGAAUGUAUUGCGACUGAUGCAGAAGGAAUAAGAGUAAAGCAAAGAAUUACUCUUCGAAAAGCUGGUAAGAAGCGUAAUCUCCCUGCUAACGCGGUGUUAAUUGUCCCGCGACCCAUACCCAUAGCAUGCCUUAGUAGCAGACAUGCAAGCCCUCAGUUGGCUUUUUAGCUCAGUUGGUAGAGUGCUGCCCCCCGGCAUCGCAGUGGUUAAGGGUUUAAACCCCACACAAGCCUGAAUGUUUUAGGCUUUCUUUUCGCGACUGCAAAAGUUGCGCGUUACAUGUAUUCACGUUUUAUCUCCGCCUUUUUCACCGUUUUGCGACUAAGAUCGGUCUGCAAUCCAUUUUAUGAAUUGAAAAGAUUUAAAGUAUUUUCUGAUUCAGGCCUAAGUGAAAAUCCUCGAAAGGGAAGUUCCCAACUGUGAAAGCUCUCUCUCUCUCUCUCUCCCUCUCCCCCCUCUCUCUAGGCCUAAUGCCUUUUUUCUUUUAUAUUAUAAGAACCUUUUGUUUGAAACAUUGCCGGAGGCUGAAAAUUGGAAAAACACAAGAAUAUAACUCGUAUUUAAGUUUGGUUAAGAACGUUUCAUUUCACUGCGAAAUACAGAACAAAAUUUAACAAAAAAGAUGUAGAGUUUGAAUGUUAUUUUGCCCAAGUGAAAUAAAGUGUUCUUAGCCAAAUUUAAGUCCGAGUCAUGUUUAAGUGUAGUUCUGACUCAGCCUUUUCUCAAAAUGAGUGUUAAUUGUAAAUAGAAAUCACCUAUUCCUUCAUCGUAUUAUAAUAUUAGUUUCACUUUACCCCUUAGGGCCUCGUGACUUGACGUCAGAUGGAGUAAAAGUAAAUUGUAAAAGCGACUUCAUGGAUGUUAGUUUAAGCAGACUUGUGUAUCCGUGGCUCGAUCCAGGCCUUCUCCGUAUUAGCCUUAUCCAAUCUACCUGCACUGCAUAUACCAUCACGGACUUGGAAGUUAGAAUCCAGGCUCCACUUAGUAGAUGUGGAAGCAAAACAAACCUCAAGAACAAAUAUACGCUGCGAUCUCGUAACACAGUUAUUACCCAGCCAAGGCGUCCUGAAGGAGUCUUAAUCACCUACCUACCUGAAAUUCACUUUCCGUUUACUUGUGAUUACGAGAUAACUCAUGCUCAAGGGAAAACAUCUCUUAAGCCGAUAGGUGAGGACAAAUUUAGCGGUAGCAUAAUAGCUAAAAAAAACUAAUUUACAAUUCGAUAAAUUAUAGACAUUAGUUGUUUACCAAUUUCAAACAGAUUCGGGAAAAUCCAGUUCGAAGUGAGUAAAUGGAACACCGCUACAAGGAACAAGGAACUGAUUUGGGCAAAUGGAAAACGCGAUUCCGGAAUGGAAUUUACUAGUCCUGAAUUUUUCUUUCCAGUUGUCCAAUCCGUAAACCGACCGGUUUGCCCAUGUAAACGAUAAACAAACAUUAACUCCGUUGUGUGAUCAGUGACCAUAUCCUUCCAGUUUUAGUUUUCUUGCACAAGGAAGAAAAACCGUAGGACCCGUCUCCGAGUACUGAGUCAUUAAGUCUCUGAUAUAACUCUUGUGGGACGAAAACGAACCACGCAGACCAUAAUGGGCAAAGGGGCCGUGGGAAUGGGACGGGGUGUAAUCUCGCAUGAGGCUUAUGAGUCGCGCUCGUACCCUCCCCUCAAGGUAGGUUUGUACCCCAACUGACAAACCCGGGAGACACUCAACAAAGAUUUACGGCGAUUCUCCGCCCUAAGAUCGAACCCCUUACCCUUUUACGUACUAUUUUUUGACAAAAAAGGUGCCCCUUUUGUACACCUUUCAUUGACAUACAUAGUUUAGAAAGCCGCAUCCCUUUUAACUGCUGUGAAUGCGCCGUCUUUUAAAUAUGAAUAAAUCAUGACUAAAGCAGUUGGUUUUCUUGUCUUAAACUGUGCCUAGCACAAGAAUGCAACUAAAAUCAUGUUUCACCAGCCUUAAUUGGUAAAAAAUCACUGCUUAAAUUUAAGCAUUUUAUAAUGAACCUCGUUAGGAGCAAAAAUGUGGUUUGGAAAACUCUUCAAUAUUAAUGCUUAAUACGUUAGCAGCAUUGAAAUUUUAGGGUCUUGUCCCUUGAUGUUUGCGUAUGUAGCAGUUAUUGUAUUUUAUUUUCUAACCUUUUUGACCCUUUGCUAUACCAGAUAUAGGUUACUACAUGAACUUAUGUUGUUGGUUCAAAGUGAUGUUUCCUCUAUACACUCUCUUAGGACCACUUAUGCCUGAUCUGUCUAACUCAAGUAAUACUGUAGUCUCCCCACCAAAAAUGACUACCAAACUGAGGUGCAUUUUCCAAGGAGGUGAGCCCCCGAUCAGGGUCAGCAUGAGCAGACACAAGGUCAAGAUAGCGCAUGCACAAGGAAGGACGUUGAGUUUUGUAAUAAAACCACAUAUUUAUGAUGACGGACACUUUGUUUGCCGAGCCACCGAUGCCCGAAACAAGACCGUUACUCACAAAAUAAACUUACACGUUCCAGGUAAGACCAGUUAGAGAAUCCGUACGCUUCAGCUUUUCUUUUCAGCAGCAUUCAAACUUACGGAAUUUCAUCGGAAGAAAACAGGUUUUGAAAUAUAUCCACCCAUAUCCAACUAUUUUUCUACUUUUCGUUUUUCGUUUUCUUUCAAAUCAUCGAAUCUACUCAAACUCUGACUGAACGGGAUAGUUGAAGGUAUCGUUCACUGUUCCCCUAUUAACCUAAUAUGCCGCAGAACGAAAGAUCUAUAGAGGACCUCAUGAUUAACAAAAAUAUACCAAGUAAAAUAUACCAAUACAACACCGCUCUGUCUAGGUUCUACUCGUGUCAUGUUUAUGUCUUGCUAAGGUAAUUUUUACGCAGCACGAUCAGCUUUAAAGAAAGGAUGUCUGUAGCCUAAGUAUCAGACGCUUUUUGGGAAAAAAGGAGAAGAGAAAAGCGAAAAGGGAACGGAGAGAAACUUCUUUCUUCUCUUCUGCCCUCCCCGCCUCGUCCUCUAAAAUAUCCCCUCCCCUGACCCCCAAGGAGUGAUACCCUCAGGAUAGAGCGUUUUUCACAUGACGUCACGGCGGCCAUAUCGAUGUUCCAAAACAAUAAAACGUCAGCCAUGUUGGUGUUCCAAACCAUUCCUGUGGGAGUUGAAUUCUUUUCAUAUGUAAACGCAUUCUUUUGAUUGCAUAAAUUUGCAUAGACGCUGGCCACAUGAGUGAAAGCGCUCUAUAUCUGUUUGCAGGGCUGAUUCCCAGAGUGUUUUCCUUUGAAAUUUUGGACUGUCAAUCAACCAGGGAAAGGACAUGGCAGCAACGUUGUUUCUACUUAAAUUUUAAAACAUAAACUGCUACACUUCAUCAAUAAGCUACUGGAAAAGUAUGACACAUUCUUUUCAACGAACGAAACAGUAACGGCUAUAUAUAUGAAAAAAAACAAACAAACAAAGUGACACAUCUUACUCUUUAUUUUCUUGCUUAACCCUUUCUAAGCAUUGGUUUCUUGACAUUUCCAUAUAUUCUAUGUUAUCGGAAAGAUGAGAAAUUACAAAUAGUGUUCUUCACUUUCCUGACUUAUUUAUCUUUUCUUUUCUCUUUUUAUUUUUUUGCCUGUAGUUCAUGGUAUCGUCUGGAACAAAGGAGCAGAAAUUGAUUGCGGCUCAAAAAUCACGACUGUUACAUUGUUCCGAGCAAACUUUCCGUGGUUAGACAUUAGACGUAUGCACGUACAUCUCAUUGAUCCAACUUGUCGGGGUUACCUUAACAGCACGCAUGUCAGUUUUAGAUUUCAAACAGGAGGAUGUGGCAGCAAGCAUAUCAAAUCAUCUUCAAGAGAUGUAAUAUUCUCCAACAAGGUGUUUAUUGUCAAUAAACCUUAUUUCCAGGAAAGGAAACACAAGAGUAUAUUGGAAAUAAACUUUUAUUGCAAAUACAGCCACACGGGUGGUGGAAAUAAAAAAAUUAAGGGUUUUUUGUAA